CACGACGCCUGGCCGGCCCCAGUGCCAGUGCCGAGCAUAGUCCCACGGACGACGGCUCAGAAACACCACCAAGAUGAGACGCACACAGGCUGGCAACGAGAGGCGCGCAGUGGCAGACGUGAGACUGUCAGCGCUGAACACGUCUGCUUCGACGACAAUCACCGGCGAUGCCACCAGCCAAAGACCCAGUCGACAGGUAAACAGCCAAAGCGCACACACACAAGCCGGACUCUGGAUCUUCCCCCACAAGCCCGCUUACCGCAACAGGAUAGCCCCUCGGUCCAAAGGGCCCCACGACUGUUCUCUGCGCGUCACAGGUGCCAGACUCUUGCCUCUAACCUUGCUCUCGACCGAGGAACGUCGUUCGAUCUGGAUGCCCUUAGGCUGAGCCACUGCAAUUGGCUGCUGGUCUCGUCUGGAGAUGAGUCUUCCGUCUAAUCGGCGCCAUGCAUGCAUUCUCGUCGUCUUGUGAGAAGGCUCUGGGGGGCCAACUCACGGCCGAGGCGCUCCCGGGCUCGAAGUAUUUGGACGUCAUUUUUCCACCUACAAAGACGGACCGCCUCCCGCCUGCCAGAAAGGUUCUCUGUUUGCUUUGUUUUCGUGUGUACGCAUAGAUUUUGAAGUGACUUAGAUCAUUGUCACCCCUCCACUGUUCCAUUCAUCAUCUUCACUUUAUCUUGUCUGUUUUACUGCAUCGCACACAUAGACCAUGUCGUCUCUAGAUGCCGAAGAGCAGCAGUAUCUCGCUGAGGUGGAAGAGGUCAAGAAGUGGUGGACGGACUCAAGAUGGAGAUUCACCAAGAGACCCUACACGGCUGAGCAGAUCGUUGCGAAGCGCGGGAACUUGAAGAUUGAAUACCCGAGCAAUGCGCAGGCAAAAAAGCUCUGGAAGAUCGUGGAGCAGCGGUGGAAGGAUAAAGAAGUGUCAUACACAUACGGCUGCUUAGACCCAGUCAUGGUCACCCAAAUGGCGAAGUACCUCGACACGGUAUAUGUUUCUGGCUGGCAGUCAUCCUCCACCGCGUCGUCUAGCGACGAGCCGGGUCCGGAUCUCGCAGACUAUCCAAUGACCACCGUGCCCAACAAAGUCAAGCAUCUCUGGUUUGCACAGCUCUUCCACGACCGCAAACAGCGUGAGGAGCGCCUGAGCACACCAAAGUCGCAACGUAGCAAGGUUGCGAACACGGAUUUCCUUCGUCCGAUCAUCGCCGAUGCGGACACCGGCCAUGGCGGCUUGACUGCCGUCAUGAAGCUGACCAAGCUCUUUGUCGAAGCUGGCGCAGCAGGCAUCCACAUUGAAGAUCAAGCACCGGGCACGAAGAAGUGCGGACACAUGGCAGGCAAAGUGCUCGUACCCAUCUCGGAACAUAUCAACAGGCUGGUUGCCAUACGAGCGCAGGCCGACAUCAUGGGAACAGACCUGCUUGCGAUCGCUCGAACCGACUCAGAAGCCGCCACACUCAUCACGUCAACCAUUGACCCUCGCGACCACUAUUACAUCAUGGGUUCAACAAACCCAAACCUGCAGCCGUUGAACGACCUCAUGAUCGCAGCCGAGAAUGCUGGCAAGACCGGAGCAGAACUCGAAGCUAUUGAGGCAGCCUGGAUAAAACAGGCGAAUCUCAAACUUUUCCACGAGGCUGUGAUUGACACCAUCAAAGCUGGAGUGUAUGUAAAUAAGGACGCUCUCAUCUCUGAGUUUUUGAGCAAGUCCAAGGGCAAGAGCAACUCCGAGGCUCGAGCGAUUGCUAAAGGCCUAACCGGCGUGGAUGUCUACUUUGACUGGGACGCUGCUCGAACUCGCGAGGGCUACUAUCGGUACCAAGGAGGCUGUGAGUGUGCCAUAAACCGCGCCGUCGCCUAUGCUCCAUUUGCAGACAUGAUCUGGAUGGAGUCGAAACUUCCAGACUAUGCCCAGGCCAAGCAAUUCGCCGAGGGUGUGCAUGCAGUCUGGCCCGAACAGAAACUCGCGUACAACCUUUCGCCGUCCUUCAACUGGAAGAAAGCCAUGCCGCGCGAGGAGCAAGAAACCUACAUAAAACGGCUUGGCGAGCUCGGCUACGUUUGGCAAUUCAUCACUCUCGCCGGUCUUCAUCAGACGGCGCUGAUCACCGACACCUUCACAAAGGCAUUCGCCAAGCAGGGCAUGCGCGCGUACUGCGAGCUUGUGCAGGAGCCGGAGAUGGAGCGCGGCGUCGAGGUCGUAACUCACCAGAAAUGGAGCGGCGCAAACUAUGCAGACAACCUGCUGAAAAUGGUGACGGGCGGCAUCAGCUCCACAAGUGCCAUGGGCAAGGGCGUCACGGAAGAACAGUUCCACUAGUGACGUAUCAGACGUAUUGUGGUUGUCACGCCGUACUGCUCUGCUGCUGCUGCUGAUGAUGAUGAUGAUGACGGGAAAAAAAAGCUAUGUACAUAUAAACUCGUGACUUUUUUCCGGUCAAUAAUGGCAUAUAUUCUUGCUCGUUUCCAAA